UUGACUUCAGAUUUACCAGACACACUGACAACACUGCACUCCUUAUUCUCGCCACAAGACCUCGGCUUCUGCUUUAAAAAUGUCUGAAUAAAGGAUGCUUUUGUUCAUACCUCGCCUGCCUGUGAUAUAGUGACAAAGUGUCUGAUGGCUGAAUGGAAUAGUUUUACAGUAUGAGUGCUGCUUUCAGCAGAGGGGCAGGACUUGGGCUUUAGGAGGAAGUGAAUUGGAUAGGUCAGGAGAAUGUACCAUUUGUAAACACCCCUUUCCUUUUUUAUUCACGUGUCAGGGCAGCAGCAGCAGGCUGCUCAGUGUCCACCCCUGUGAAGUGCCAGAGGGAAAGCAGCUUGGACUUCAGCUGCAGUUUUUAGACCUUGCUUUUGAUUCCCGGUAGUGAUUGUCAAGUCCUUGGACUUGCGUUAGAAGCUGUUUGGAAACUAACAUGGUUUAGUCCACUAACUGCAUGUUGGGUAAAUUCAAAACCCACAUGCUCGUCCUCUUGCAGUGGAAUAAGUCACAUCUGAUGGACAUUUUCUGUGCUUAUGGCAUAGUAAUGAACGUCUGACAGGCGCGACCUUUCAUAAGACAACCCACACUAUUGGCUUUCUGCCCAGAAUAUUGCUGCAACACUAUCUGUGAUUGGUUAUCUCUCUAUCAUGCAUUGCUUCACAAGGGGAAACGGCCCCCUUUUUAAUAAAUCUACGAUGGCUGGCUGCAAUAUUCCUCACUGUUGGUACUAAGAAGUGCCUUUCCUGACGUCUCUGCUGCUUGGAACCGCUUCUAGAGCAGCCUCUGCUUUUGCCUUGCUUGCUGCCAGCUAGACUGUGACGACAGCACAUCCGCCCUCCACCUCUAGCCCAGACACCCCCACUUCUACUUCUAAUCAGGAGAAAAGCUCUGAGUAUCUGCCAUUGCCCUAGGCUGCUUUAGUUUAGAAGAAAAGUUUGCUGAAAAAGUAAGAUACCUUCUGCCAGGAAAUCAAGGAGGAAAACAAAAAAUCAUUUUCUCGAUUUUGCUCUAAACUGCUGCAUCUGUCUAUGCCAAACUAAUCAAUACCGAUUGCACCACCAAACUCCAUCGCAAAUUCAGCUGUGAGGAGAUUCCCUGUCAGACAACUUGGCUGAAAGCAGCUUGGAAAUUCGGUGUCAGAGGGUCUGCCACGUUUUCAUGCUUGCAUUUUGGGCUCCAAAUUGGCACUGGGAAGGGGUUACUGAGCGCAAGGCUGGUUCCAGGCCCUCCUUUAAGCACCCAUCUACUUACAAUUCUGGUAUUUCUCUAAAAACCAAAACCUCUUUGAAUUAACAGUUUCAUGCUGUGACUUUCUAGUGGAGGUCUUUCCCUUGAUAUUGAAGUCACACUCUUCCACGUGCCGUUAAAGCAGGGAGCGGGGAAACAGCCUUCCGGACAUUUUCACCGUCAUUUCACACUUCUAAGUUUUAUCAGUUCCUAUUUUGUUUUGUUUUUGUUUCGGUUAUUGAUUUUUUUUUUUGAGAGGGGUUGGGUUUGUUGGUUUCAUUGAACAUUUAACUACCUGUAAAAUAUAAACAUGGCUGUUAGUGUCACACCAAUUCGGGACACAAAAUGGCUAACACUGGAAGUUUGUAGAGAGUUUCAAAGAGGGACUUGCUCACGGCCAGACACGGAGUGUAAAUUUGCACAUCCUUCGAAAAGCUGCCAAGUUGAAAAUGGACGAGUAAUCGCCUGCUUUGAUUCACUGAAAGGUCGUUGCUCCAGGGAGAACUGCAAAUAUCUUCAUCCGCCCCCACACUUAAAAACACAGUUGGAGAUAAAUGGAAGAAAUAACUUGAUUCAGCAGAAGAACAUGGCCAUGUUGGCCCAGCAGAUGCAGCUAGCCAAUGCCAUGAUGCCUGGUGCCCCAUUGCAGCCCGUGAACUUAAUGCAACAAUCAUUCCAAAAAAGAGGGGGGGAUUGCAAUUCGAGGUGGGAGGGAUCCCCAUAUUACACCGGCAGUGAUACCAAUUAUCAAUACUGUACAGUCGAGCCAAUGUUUUCAGUUGCACCAAGCUUAGCCACCAAUGCAUCAGCAGCCUUUAAUCCCUACCUGGGGCCUGUUUCCCCAAGCCUGGUUCCAGCAGAAAUCUUGCCUACUGCACCAAUGUUGGUCACAGGGAAUCCUGGAGUUCCAGUGCCAGCAGCUGCAGCAGCUGCUGCACAGAAGUUAAUGCGGACAGACAGACUCGAGGUGUGUCGAGAGUACCAGCGAGGCAACUGCAACCGAGGAGAAAAUGAUUGUCGGUUUGCUCAUCCUGCUGACAGCACAAUGAUUGACACCAAUGACAACACAGUCACUGUCUGCAUGGAUUACAUCAAAGGGAGAUGCUCUCGGGAAAAGUGCAAAUACUUUCAUCCUCCUGCACACCUGCAAGCCAAGAUCAAGGCUGCCCAAUACCAGGUCAACCAGGCUGCAGCAGCACAGGCUGCAGCCACUGCAGCUGCCAUGACUCAGUCGGCUGUCAAAUCACUGAAGCGACCCCUCGAGGCAACCUUUGACCUGGGAAUUCCUCAAGCUGUACUUCCCCCAUUGCCAAAGAGGCCUGCUCUUGAAAAAACCAACGGUGCCACCGCAGUCUUUAACACUGGUAUUUUCCAAUACCAACAGGCUCUAGCCAACAUGCAGUUACAGCAGCAUACAGCGUUUCUCCCACCAGCUGUGUUAUGAUGCUCUCCUGCUGUAAGACCCCUUUGCCUUCAAGAUGCCACAAUUUUAUGAAAUGACUCAAAUUUGACAUUUUCAACCUUUAGUUUGCAAAAUAGAACAAGACCAUUAAAAUUUAUUCAUCCUAGAGCUCUUAAGAUGUGCUCUUCAUAUUAAUUAUGCAUUGCUAAAAUUAUUCAUGUUCCAAUGCUGAAGUCAAAUAGCUCUAAGUUCCCUUGGUAUUUGUAUUUACUGCUUAGUCAUCCCAUGGUAUUCCUGUUUAGUGCUGAGUCAUGCAGCUGUGUUUCCAGUUCGUUUUCAGCUUGGUCACAUACGUAUACUCUUACUCAUAGAGAUGUAAGAGUUAAAAACACUAAUAACUCACUUAGUUGGUUAGAAAUUUACUAUUUCAACAUUCUUUAUUUUAUGUUUUUUAACUUUUUAUAUCUUAUAUUUUGAAAUUAAUUACCAAGACUUGCUAAUCUUUUUCUUUCUUAUGCAUAAGUUUUUAUUUUGAGAACACUAUGAAUAUAUAUGAUACUUUUGAUAAAAUAAUUUAUUAAAAAUUUAUUAAAUUAAUAGCUAGGUAUGUACAUCAUGUAUCUAGUACCCUAUGCUAGUAACAGUAUUUAGAGUAUCACAUUCCUGUGAUAUUAAAGAAUGGGAUAGUUUUCUUUUAAAUUUAUUAGCAAAUUAAUACAUUAUGCUCAUAUUAGAUGUUACUGGGAAAUAAAACUUUUGUACAGUUUAUUUCUGAAUAAAAUAUAGAAUUUUUUAUAUGGCCAUCCACACAUAGAAUUAACCAGCUGGCUAAAAUAGUUCAUUAAAAUGCUCCAGGUUAAAAUAAUAACUAUACUCUUGAGUUAACAUUGUUCAAGUUGGAAUUUGUCCAUAUUAGGAUCAAAAUUAAAUGACUUUACUAUGUAACAUGGUCAUUGAUCUUAGCGACGUUUUCACACUAAAGCACACGAUAUCUCCUUCUAUAGGGUUGUUCAGAGACUUCCAGUAACUCAUCUUUUUGCUUUUUUGUUAAGUUUUGUUGCUGCUAGAUUUUUACUGUUUUCAAUGAACAAUUGCUCACUUUCUUGUAACCAGAUCCCAAGCUAGGUUUGAAGGGAUUAUUAGAAUAUUUAAGCAAAUAAAAAUUUUAUUUCUAUCAUUUUUUCCCAUUGAAUAAAAUAUUACCCUUAAAAUGACAGUUUCCCUAUUUGAAAUCUAAAAAUAAAAUAGAUUAUCUUCUUCCACAUGUUAUGUAAAGAAACUUGAAAUAAUCUGUCUUAUCCAUGGGAUUUUUGCAUUAACUUCUCACCAAUAUUGAAACAUUUCAUUCUUCUCUAAAUUAGUGUAGCCAGCAAUUGUAUGUUAAAUGUGACUUGCACAUAUGACAAGUUUACACUUCAACAGCUCCCUGGUCUAAACUAAAAUAUGCAGGUUCAAGUUAGGGAAACAUUAAUUGUAUCCAUUUCUCAGAAUCAGUUACCUGCUACUCUUGAAAGAUAAAUUGUUAAUUUAAAACAUGCUGAAAAUAGGUUGAAAUUUCAGAGGUAAACUUGUGUCUUAUAAUUAAUUUUUGUAUCAGAGAUAUUCUAUUGUUUAUAUUUACCAUUAUGUGAAACUAUUAUAGCAGAAAAAUAAAAUAAUACAUAUUUGCAACCUGAUUUGAAGGGUCUAAAGCUCAGGUUGACUUGUUCACUAGCCAUAUAACCAGAGAUAAUUGCUGCCAUCCUGAUUUAAAAAUAAAAAUAAAAAAUACUGCCAUUUUUACAUAUGUGCCUGCAUGUACAUGAAAAAUGCCUCUAUGAUAUCUUUAUUUUUGCCAAACACCCUUGUCAGAAAGGUGGAAAAUAAAGAAUUUCCACAGAGAAAGUAAACCAAAUACCCCAAAAGCCACACAGGGACCAAAACAGUGAUGUGGCAUAGAACUAAGUAUGGAACUAUGAAGUCUGCAAGACUUUGGGAGUACAGACCCACUGUAAGGAGACUAGUUAGUGUUUGUAUUGCCUGGUAGGUGGUACCCAAAGACUUCUGAAGGUCCAUGUCCAUCGCCUUGUGUUUGUGAAUGGCAAUGGUUGGCUCUUUGUCUUUGACCAGACAAAGCUGCAUAGACAAACACAGCAGACUUUGCUAUGUGUAGUGAUUUUGUUCAGAUUUUGGGGACAUUUUGUGUAUUUAUAUACAAAAUCCUUUGAUAUGAAAAAUACUGGCAAUUUUAUUUUUUAAAAAUCUUGCUAGAACUAAAGGAAGUCAAUCUUACCAUAGAUUUAUAUAUAAUUACAUGUGUAAUAUCUUGGAGAAAACAGACUUUCCCAAAAUCUAGGUAAUCUUCUAUGUAUAUAAUACAUAUACAUAAUCUUCUAUGUAUAUAAUAUAGAAUUACAUAUAAGUGAAGCAUUCUGUCUAAUCACAGCAUAGUAAUUAAGAAGAUACACUGUCAUUUUCACACCUGAGAUUUUUUUAGAGCCCUGUGAUCUGUGGCCUCAACAGUAACUGUAAAGAUAUGUGAGUCUGUUUCAUUCAAGUUACAGUGAAGCACAGUUUGCUAAGUCCAUAGAGCAGUUGACUACAUACAUAAGAACUAGGUUGUUGGCAAAAGAUCAGUGAUUAGUGUCAAGCUAGUCAGCUAGCAGAGAAAUAUACUCACGUAUUUAAGAAUAGAACUGAACUUACAUAGCACCUGUCCACCUAAUCCACCAUUCAUGAGUAUAUCCAUCCAGUUAUCAUCUGUCUUAGCUCCCUAACUUCUCUUUCUCUGUAUCAGUCUUGCCUUCUAUUCAGUCAACACGUACUGAUUAUAUGCCCUGUGGUAUGCUAGUAUUUACACUAGAGAUUCCAAAGUCCUGACUGCAGGGGGAAAUCUUGUGUCCAGAAAUAGGUAGGGCACAUGCUUUCCAGCCCCAACAGCUCUCCUAUUUCUUUUCCACUUUUCAUUCCAUUGGUUGAGUAAUGACUCCAUGCUGUGCUUGCCAAACACUACAGACAUCUUUUCUCCUUUUUUCUGAAACCCAUAGUUUGGCUUGAUAAAGAAUAUGCCAGUACCAACGACAUGAGAAAGCAUAUGCCCUACCUAUUUUGGAGCUCAUGGCUCCAAAGACUUCUGUGUCCUCCAUCUUGAGUUUUCCAUUAUGUUUUUGUCUUCUUCGGAAGCGCAUAUCACUUUUUUCUACCUCUCACCCACUGUUAGCAGGAGCUAAACUAUUUUACUUACUGCAGUUUCUAUGCUGGCUCACAUUACAGCUCUACCACAUAUAAAGAAAAGGCCAGGAAACUCUGUUAGUUGGUGGUAUAGAUGUUUGGGCCAGGGUGGCAGGAAGAUGGUUCCAUUUUUAUGUAAGAGACACCACAAAGAUCUCUAGCCUGUGACUUUUAUUAUAAUCAAUAUAAGUAUAAAUAAUUAUAGUUUUAUUUAUGUUAAAAAUAUUUAUAAAUAAUGAAAAAUAAGGAAGCUGUUUCAUACUUGAGUAUCAAAUUUGAAAAUUUAAUGACUGCAAGUAUUUAAUAAUAAAAUAGUAUUCUUUAUUUUUAGAAUACCUCAAAUUACCUUUUCACCCCUUACUAUAAACUAAAAUAAACAAAAAUUAUCACAUAGAAAUCCUGAUCAGAUUUCUGAUUAUAACAUUUUCUCUCUUGUAUUUAUUUUUCUUUCUUCUUAAUAUAAUAGUAACUAUAGCUGUAUUUCACUUAUAAAUUGUCAUCCUAUUUUUCAUAUUCUCACAGAUAAUUAAAAUUUUAAUUUAAAAAGUGAUGUAAUUACAGUGACACAUUUCUCAGAACCACACCAUUCAUUCUGCUGUGCAAAUAUCUUUGUGGGGACAACUGGGAAUUGACAAAUACAUUCACUUCAAUUUUGUCUUUUGCUGAAAACUGAGGGAAAAUUUAAAUUGACUAUUUGUGCAUCAUUAUUAAUCAAACAGCCAAUUGGAAGUAAGGAUGGAUAUUAUGGUCAUUUCAGAAAUGGUUUUUGGUUUUGGUAAGAGGGUCCUACAGCACUGUCUUCAUAUUUGUGAGUGACUGCACCCCAGCUAGUGUCUUCAUUGCUGCUUUGUGUUUAUUUGCUACAAAUCCCUCUUGAAGCUGUGUGCAUUGGUUACAAUGAUAAUGAGGAUGAUAACCCAAACAAAAAUUCAAUCUUAAAAGCUAAAGGUUUUAGAGAGGUGUAUAAGGUCAGCUCACUUCCAGCGCGUGCAGGCCCAAUUAUGCAUGAAUGAAUGAAAUACAGUAGGCAAAUUGUUGCAUACUACUAAAUUUAAAACCUGUAACUUGGACAGUAUUUAAACUGGCUUUAAUGUUCCUUCAUAGCCCACUGUACAUCGUCAUUUAUCUUUUCACAUUUUCUUUCCCAACCUUCCUGACGUAGAGGGUAGUGCUUUCACAAAAUCCAGACCCAGUAUUAAGUCCUGCUUGCUCUGUUGUCUCUAAAUAUAUUCUUUGUUAUUGGUCUGUUUUGUUGCUCGUUGCCCUUCACAAGUCUUUAUGCAGUAGUAGUAGUAGCAAAUUACAAAGCUCUUCCAAUGUCUUCAGUCAUGCCUCCCUCUAGAAUAUUAGUUUGCUUCCGUAGAUCCAUUUCUCAGUUUCUCUGGCCUCGGUGCCGUGGUCUGAUUGCGAUAACGGAUGAGUUGCAGAUGGGACAGCAACGCCAGUUGAGUCAUCUUCGUUUCAGUUAUGUUUCUCAACGGCAGUUUGUUGUGUGCAACCAUCUCUGACAAGACUCAGUUGGCAGAUAUUUUUCUAACAAAUGUUCAUCCCAGAUGCUGCUAGUAUUUAAACAGGAUGUGCCAAGACUCAGAUUUAGAUAGAAAUAUAAAAUCAUUUUAUAUUUUAAACCUUAAGAAAUCUAAAAUAAUCUUGUAGAAAGAACAGUAGUUCUCCAUAUGUGAAUGUGGCCUGUACUUGAUAAAAAAUAGAUUUUCAGUAUUUGUAUGUCAGAAAAAACCAAGAGCUAUGAAUGUGGCAUUUAUAUUUGGUUCUUACAUUCACACCUCUGUGGACAUGAGGGCUGAAGGCCCCACAUGUGACAUGUGCAUCCUCAUUAUCUCCCACGCAGGGUUUUCAUUGAAGUCUAAUUAGCAAAUUCUUGCCUUUGAGUUUUUGUAAACUGGCUACUCUAAGAGGUCUUGAAUGUCUAAACUAGCACUGAAAGUCAGUCUCUUUUGCCAGAUGCCUACAGGUAAACUGGUUUGAGAUUCCAAAGAAAUUAUGCUCCCCCGCAAU